CCUUGCUCCCCCCAUGAAGUAAAGAGAGAGAGGAUGAUGUCAUAUGGAGAGCCACAAGCUCCUGAUGUGUGAAUGAGCCCAAGAAAGACUCUGCCACUGCUGAAGAAACAGCCGAUUUCCAAGUCAUUUGCAUGAACCCUGCUGUGAAAUGAACCAAGCAAGGACUUGUUAGCGACUUCCUCCCUUCCCUUGCUAAAUACUCCUGAGCCAUUGUUCCAGUGUUAUCUAAUUGUGUCCUGUCCUCUUGCCAAGGCAAACAACCCAGUCUCACAGGAGGCAUCCCUAAGCUCAUCAGCUGGCCUGAACACGAACAUGGGCAAAGCUGACGAUUGGGAGUGUUCCCAAGGGACAUGGGUCCCCACGGGAUCCAGUCUCCAGAAGCAGGACCUCUCAUGAUGCUGCUGUCUGGGAGUGAGCACCAUGCCCAUCACCCAGGACAAUGCCGUGCUGCACCUGCCCCUCCUGUACGAGUGGCUGCAGAACAGCCUGCGGGAGGGUGGGGACAGUCCCGAGCAGCGGCUCUGCCAGGCAGCCAUCCAGAAGCUACAGGAGUACAUCCAACUGAACUUGGCUGUGGAUGAGAGCACAGUCCCACCGGAUCACAGUCCCCCAGAGAUGGAGAUCUGCACAGUGUACCUCACCAAGCAGCUGGGGGACACUGAAACUGUGGGGCUCAGUUUUGGCAACAUCCCUGUUUUCGGGGACUACGGUGAAAAGCGUCGAGGGGGUAAGAAGAGGAAAACCCACCAGGGGCCAGUGCUGGAUGUGGGCUGCAUCUGGGUGACAGAGCUGAGGAAGAACAGCCCAGCCGGGAAGAGUGGAAAAGUUCGGCUCCGGGAUGAGAUCCUUUCCCUGAAUGGACAGCUGAUGGUCGGAGUUGAUGUCAGUGGGGCCAGUUUGCUUCUAGGUGCCCCAGGAAGUUUCUGAGGGAUGACAGCUUCUUCUUUCUGUGAACUUCAGAGAACAUUCUGGAAGAGUGAGGACUCUCAGUCACAUGUGAUAUCACAUCCCCCCCACCCCCACCCUUAAAGACAAAGUUGGUAAUUACAUG